GUACGCAGUCUCCAAGCUCAGAAUCGACGAUACCCGACAUGACGUUGGGGUGCAGGUCACCCUCUUGACCAAGCUUCAGAUGCGCGGUGCAAUGUCGUGGCACCUUUUGUUUUCUUUGCUGUGCAACCAAAACGACGGGCCAGAGGCCCAUGCUCGGUUGGUCGAUCACGGAUGGCAUCAGAACCUAGUUGUGGGGUAUUGCACAAGUGCCGCAGCCUCGCCAGAAGUCAUCGCGCAAUCCCAUGCCGGUCAGGUAGCAGCACAUCUCUUCAGGCUGCAUGGCAAGGGAGAGGGGAAUUGCAGCCAGCUAAGCUUCAUGCCCAGUUACUAAUCGAGAAUACGCAGAUAAGUGUCACGAUAAUGGUGGUGGGAGAACCAAGAGAUAGAGCACAAUAUUGACGUCGCCGACCGCCAUCCGCAUUUGAUAAGGCGAAUGGCGCUAGUU